AAUACUCCUUGGUACUUGUUCAGAAAGAAUUGGAUAAAACAAAAUAGAUGAAACACUUGUAGAGAAAGAAAACAUUGAAACACUUGUAGAGAAAGAAAACAUAGUGUUUCUUGUCAAAGAAUCCAUUGAGAUUCUCCAUGUCUGAAAAUCCAUUGUUGCUUUUAUUCAAAACAUAUGAGAAAGUAUCCAACUCUGUCCAAACCCAACUUGCUCAAUUCAUUGGUCUAAUCCCAAAUGUCCCUUCAUCCCAUAGUAAUAAUAAUAAUAAUAAUGGUCACCAUUCCUCCUUUUCUUUGCUCUCUUCAUCUUCCAAGAAUCAACUUGCCACUUCAACUGUGUUGCUUCAAGAUUCUGAAUUGCCCAACAAGGAGAAAAGUGCUGGCCCAGUGACUAAAGAAGAGCUCGGAAGAGCUACUUGGACUUUUCUUCACACACUUGGAGCUCAGUAUCCAGACAAGCCAACCAGACAACAAAGGAAAGAUGUGAAAGAACUGAUGGCAAUAUUAUCUCGCAUGUACCCUUGCAGUGAAUGUGCAGAUCACUUCAAAGAAGUUCUAAGAGCAAAUCCUGUACAAGCUGGAUCUCAAGCUGAAUUUUCACAAUGGCUAUGUCACGUGCACAAUAUUGUCAAUAGAAGUUUGAGCAAGCCUAAAUUUCCAUGUGAUCGGGUUGAUGCUCGGUGGGGCAAGCUUGACUGUGAGCAGCGCGCAUGUGAUUUGCAAGGGACUGAUAAGUUUUGGUUUUGACAAUAUAAUGAAGCUCUUAUAUUAGGAAAAUGACAUACAAGGUAAUCCCAGAAUUUGUUGCAUCAUUCAAAACUCCUAUCCAAGGAAACAAGAUACAUAUUUUGCGCGGCAGACACUUUCGACUUUGAGAGCAUUUAGUUGAUAUUAUCAGUAUCUCUUCAUUGGUGAAAAACUUUAUGUGGCAACCCUUUCCAAGGUGAAGCCAAUGUUCCCAGAGGAAUGUAAAUUUAUUCUACAAUGCUAAGUAGCAUCUGUAUCUAUAUUGUUAAGUGCUGGUUAUAAACCUUUGAAAGCCUGGAAGAGACUCUAGUUAAAGUGUUAAUGUUACUCCUAAAAGAUUCUUACCAAA